AUGUUUGGGGGGCGCGGAUCCUCCGGGUCCCCGUGUAGCUCCGUCCCUGGUCGUUGCCGUGUCGGUCGAGUACCGUCUGGCGCCGCAAAAUCCUUCGUGGACAAGCUGUGGUUCUACGCGUGCCCGGGGCUGACGGGGCUGGACGAGGCGUGGGUGAGUCCGAGCGCCGAUUUGAAGGUGCUGUCGGGGCUGAAGUGCCGGCGAGUGUUGGUGUACACGGCGGGGAAGGACAGGGGGCGGCAGUACACGGCGGCGGUGGCGGAGAGUGGUUGGGGCGGCGAGAUUGAGGCGGUGGAGGUGGAGGAAGAAGGGCACGGUUUCAGUGUGCUGAAUCCCGAUGGGGAGAAUAGCCUGAAGAUGUUUGCUAAAGUAGCUGCUUUCAUAAAUCGGCCAUGA